AUGCGCAGGUUGUUGGUCGCGCGUGCGUCAAGACGACGGGAGCGCACCGCCGGGCCAGCACGUGUGGGAAGCUGGGGUGGCACGAUCGGGAGGGUUGGGUGUUGGAGCGGCGCAGGGGCUGGACUGGGCGUCGACAGGAAUACCUACACACAUACAUGCGCAUGGAGUGGACGUGCAGGCCUGCUUUGGGCAAGAUGCUAUUUCUGCGGUCCCACGAUGUUGGUUCCCGCGCGGGCCGCCUUGGGGGCGGCCAUGUUGCACGGCAUUGUUUGUGCGACGAGGGGACAAGACGACGACAACAACGGCAACGAUGAUGGAUGGGGUCAGCGUCGGCGCAGAAAACGGGACUAA